AUCAUUUAUUUUCAUUCCCUGUUCUGUUGACGUCCACACCUUCCAAGGGAAAAUUUGGAAGAGGUUUGGAGGAUAAUGUAGUAUUUUACGAUUUAUUGAUGCAUGAAUCAACCUCGAACAGCCGUUGUCGUUGUGAACGAUACUCAGGAUAAUUGUAAGCAACUUUUGUUCGGUUAUCUGCUCGAUCUUCUGUCCAAAGUUAGGACGUGAAGUUAGCCAUAUUCCAGCAUCCUCAGCUCUUAGAAUAACGCUUCUUCAUCACUUUCUCGAAGCAAUUUCCUGGAAGAAAAGUGCAGGAGAUGGCUACGCAAGUCGAACAGCCUUCCAGUAUGGUCUACGUGCAAGCAAGUGAGCUUUUCCCGAAGAAGACGCUCGCUUCAGAAGAUGCUGAUCAGGUACCUUUUCCUGAACUAUGUGGAGAAAGUGUGGAAUGCUUGGAGAAGACAUCUGAUGCCACAUUUGCUCUCUCCAACUUUCGUCUCUUUAUUUGUUUCAAAGAUUCAUUUGUGAAUAUUCCCUUGCGGUUGAUAGAGUCUCUUGAAAUGAAGGAUCUUGUCUUGAUAGAUGUCAAUUGCAAGGAUGCCAGGUCAUAUAGGAUUUUAUUUGACAAUAGUGAUCAGUGCAUUAACUGGGAUAACCGUCUUAGCAAGUACAUCUGUCCUGUGUCGCGCCUUGAAGAUCUGUUUGCCUUUGCCUUUUAUGCAUGGUGCAUGGACUACUCAGGCUCCACGGAGAAGGAUGAAUUUACCAGUUUCUGUGUAGCAGAUGAAACGCAGUAUUCAUUUAUGUGUGAGGUCAAAAGAAUGGGCUUUGAUAUUGAUGCAUGGAGGAUCACAGACAUCAACUCUAAGUUUGAGUUGUGUCCCACUUAUCCAAAACUUCAUGUUGUGCCAGCCAUAAUUACUGACAAAGAAAUGGAAGCUGUAGCAAAGUUUAGAACAUCACGAAGGUUUCCAUCUGUAGUGUGGAGGCACAUGACCAAUGGAGCUGUUAUAGCUCGCUGUAGUCAGCCAGAGGUCGGUUGGUUUGGUUGGCGAAGUCAAGAGGAUGAGAGCCUUCUUCAUGCCUUAGGAAUAGCUUGUGCUACAGAGUCAGUGUCUGCUUCUUUAAAGAAGCAACUCAUUAAAGAGAUGGGUUUGAAGGAUCAUCACACAAAUGGUCACACAGAUGCCAUUCCCAAUGGGGAUGUAGUCCAUGAUAGUAGUGAUGAUGAUAAUGAUGGUGAGGGUAAAGAUGUUGCAGCAAAUGAUGCCAUUGGACAGCGCAAGGUUCUGAUAAUAGAUGCCAGGGCCUAUUCAGCCGCAGUGGUCAACAGGGCCAAGGGAGGAGGCUGUGAGUGUGAGGAGUACUACCCAGGUUGUGAAGUGUUGUUUAUGAAUUUGGCAAACAUCCACAGUAUAAGAAAGAGCUUCCAUAGUCUAAGAAUGUUAUGCUCAGGUCCAAGAGAAAAUCCCAAUUGGUGGUCCAGUGUGGAAAAGACACAGUGGCUCCACCACAUUUCACUCUUGCUAAAGGCAACCAACACUGUUGUGAAUGCUAUUCACAAAGAGCAGAGACCUGUUGUGGUUCACUGCAGUGAUGGCUGGGACAGGACCACUCAGAUUGUUGCUCUGGCAGAGCUAAUGUUGGACCCUUAUUACAGGACAAUUGAGGGCUUUCAGGUAUUGGUGACACGUGAGUGGCUGGAGUUUGGCCAUCGUUUUGCUGAUAGGUGUGGCCAUGGACACAAUCUUGAUGAGAACCAAAGAUGCCCUGUGUUCCUUCAGUGGCUUGAUUGUGUGCACCAACUCACUAGGCAGUUUCCUUGCUCAUUUGAGUUUAAUGAAACCUUUUUGGUAAAGUUGGCCCACCAUGUGUAUUCCUGUUUAUUUGGAACGUUCCUCUGCAACAGUGAAAAUGAACGCCUUAAAGGAAAUGUUCCCAGGAGAACAUUCUCAGUUUGGUCUUUCCUAAAAUUGAGACGAAAGGAGUUGAAGAACUACUUAUACUCCUCUUUGUCUGAACAGAUUCUUCAAGCUUCCCAUGAACCUCGCAGCUUACAGUUGUGGUCAACUGUGUAUACAGCACUCCCCACGCCUUAUGCAGAGUCCUUUAUGGAGAGUAACGACACCAGUGACUAUGGGGACUCUGUGAGCAGUGCAUGCGUCACCCCUGUUUCACCUGUUUUUCCCAAUAGUAUGGAGCAAGAUGAAAGACUCUUAGCAACCACUCACAUCUCUGAGUCAAAAUCUGAUGGAAGUCUAAUAUGUAAAGACUGUUUUGAAAAUCAGGAAGGACUUCAAAAUGAUAGUAAAGAGUUUGGAGGUGUAGACAAAGCUGUCAAAUCCAAGAGUUGUCACAACUGUAGGACAACCUUAUCACAGAAUCUUUCUGAGAGUAAAUCAACAACAAAGGACAUUAGUGACUCAGAGUCGUGUGAUUCUAAAAGUAUUUAUCUUAGCACUACAGAUUCAUGUGCAGCUGGAGUUGUUUCAUGUGAAGACUGUGUUAGUGAAAUUGAAAGCAGCAUGUCUAGUAGUACAGCUACAGUCAUUCUUGAGCCAAAUGAUGAGGCUAUCAGUGACAAUGGAGAAAAUUCCUUGUCAGAAAAACUUUUGGCUGGUGAGACCAAUGAAGAAGUUUUCUCAGCUGGAGAAAUAAAUUCAGUGGAUGAUAUGCAACCACAAGAAUCUCAUGAAUCCAAGUGUAUGAUAGAGGACCAUUCAAAAUGUUCUGCAAAUAUUUCUUGCGAUGAAGAGAUAAAGGAAUGUACAGAAAGUGGGCUUCCACCCUCCAGUUCAUCUAGUCAGUCAACACUUACCAGCAGUGUUCAAGAAACAAUACCAAGUACAACAACACUACGACCAAGUUCAUCUGAGCUCUUUACAAGAUAUCUGGAUGUAGAUGGUUUGACACACAUUGUUGAUCCAGUCCAGGAUAGGCUACGGCAGAUUGAAAUGGCUCAUCAAGCUAAAAUUGAGUCAUUACAGAGAAAACUUUUGGAUACGCAGAGCAGGCAGGCUGCUGUAGGAGAAAGAGGUACAUGUCUGUCGGGACAGACUAGCGACCUUGCAGAUGAAGUGUGCUCUUUACCAGAGUCAAAUGUUAGUGGGGACCAACCCCCUCUGUCCCUUGGCAGUGCUGAUGAGGGAAGUUGGAUCCAAGUGGAUGAGAAUGAGGCCCAGCCCACACUUUGGGUCCCAGAUCAUGCUGCUACCAGCUGUGCUAACUGUGAUACACAGUUCUGGAUGGCAAACAGAAAACAUCAUUGUAGGUAUGUGUGGUAGUUAUGGAGCUGUUGUCUUUGAA